GGACGCCGCAGUGGCGACCCGCGCGCGCCCCUCCCGCCCCAGCCCGCCCCGGCCCGCCGCCCGGGAGGGACCAUGCCGCGCUCCUUCCUGGUGAAAACGCACUCCAGCCACAGGGUCCCCAACUACGGGCGGCUGGAGACGCAGAGAGAAAUCAAUGGCGCCUGCUCUGCCUGUCGGGGGCUAGUGGUGCCCCUUCUCCCCCAAGACAAGGAGGCCCCUUCUGUGCCUGGUGACCUUCCCCAGCCCUGGGACCGCUCCUCGGCCUUCGCCUGCAUUUCCCUGCCCCUCCUGCCACAGCUCGAGGAAGCUCUGGGGGCCUCAGAACCAGAUGCUCUGGAAGUCAGUGGGGUUGACCCUCGGGCCAGCCGGGCCCCCAGUGUACCCCUCAAAGACAGUCUGAACCACCUCAACCUGCCCCCACUGCUGGUGCUGCCCACACGGUGGUCCCCAAUCCUGAGCCCAGACCAGGACGGGGCUCCAGAAAAACUGCUUGGGGCUGAGCGGAUGCCCCGAGCCCCAGGUGGCUUUGAGUGCCUCCACUGCCGCAAGCCCUACCACACACUGGCCGGGCUGGCCCGGCACCAGCAGCUGCACUGCCACCUGCAGGCAGGGCGCGUGUUCACCUGCAGGUACUGCGACAAGGAGUACACCAGCCUGGGCGCCCUCAAGAUGCACAUCCGCACCCACACGCUGCCCUGCGCCUGCACGAUCUGCGGCAAGGCCUUCUCCAGGCCCUGGCUGCUGCAGGGCCACGUCCGCACCCACACAGGGGAGAAGCCUUAUGCCUGCUCGCACUGCAGCAGGGCCUUUGCCGACCGUUCCAACCUUCGGGCCCAUCUUCAAACGCACUCUGACACCAAGAAGUACCAGUGCCCGCGCUGCACCAAGACCUUCUCCCGCAUGUCCCUCCUGGCGCGGCACGAGGAGUCUGGCUGCUGCCCUGGUCCCUGAGAGACGCGUGGUUGGCGCAGGUAGGAGGAAUGGGCCUCACCCUGAGAGAUGGUGUCUCUCCUGCUGCCAGAGGAGCCGCGAGUCUGGGAGGACAGGGCUCAGCCUCACACCUGGUGCAUCCGCCACAUCUGUGUCCAAUCAUAACCAAAGAAGUCCAGCAGGGGCCACCGGGGCGGAGAACAUAUCCACGCAGCCAACUCCACUGAGCCCCACUCAGAGGAGACUCCUCUCCCAGGGAAGACUUUCAUCAGAACAAGAGCCCGGUUUCCACUGCAUUGUGACCCCUGCUCUGGAUUCCGCUGGACGGGGCCACCCCCACCAACCACCUGCCUUUCACUGUCCAGAAACAGCUGCCAGAGGCCUGCAUCGUGGUCACGUCUCUGGGUCUGCCUUCCGAGAGUCAGGGCCUGUGGGGGUGGUCACCUGCAUGGGUUGGCAGUGCCGCCAGCUGACUCGAGAGGCUGCCUCGUUCCCUUGCAGCAGAAACGAACAGUUCUGACUUGUGGUGGGCACAGCUGUGCGGUCCAUCCUCAGAAGGCACAACUACCUCCCAGGUGGCCCCCACCAGACUUUGGUGUGGGGUCUGGACAAGCUGUCCCGUGUCACACACCUACACACACGUGCCCUCCCCACCUCACUAGACUCUCUUGAAGAUCGAGCAGGACUGGAAGAGCCCACGAUUGGUGGUCUGGGUGCGUUGGGAUGAGGUGAAAUGCCCUGGACCUGUGCCUCUGGGAUUUGUCCUGCUCAGAGCCUCAGGGCACUCAGCUUCCCAGGCAAGAACAGCCGUGGGGUAAUAAAAGGUCUCUGCACA